UCAGUUCAAGUCUUUCUGACUGCAGACUACCAAGUACCAGAGGAUAAUUUCAUGUGGUGGAAGCGUGUCCAAGGAACCAAAGCCAACUUUAGCGUCUUCACCCAAAGAGUGGGAGAACUAUUUAAGGUGAUCCCACGCCAUCCCAAUGUGACGAAAGCGUGCCCAGAGGGCUGUACGACCUGUGCUGUGGUUGGUAAUUCUGUCACCCUGAAGGGAUCCCGUUAUGGGCCGCUGAUAAAUUUCCAUGAUGUCGUCGCUCCAGUAAGAGGCUGGGAGGCAGACGUUGGGAACAAAACCACUCAUCGAAUCAUGUAUCCAGAGAGUUCUACACAUUUGGAUAACAACACUCGUCUCGUCAUGUUUCCAUUCAAGCUGCAGGAUCUGGAGUGGCUGCCGAAGGCGUUAACCACGGGAGCCCAACGCUUUAGAUCAAAGAUCAGAGCCAAUAAGGACCUGGCGAUGGUGGUUAAUCCCGCCUUCAUGAGGUACGUUCAUGAAGCCUGGCUGGAGAAGAAAGGCUACUAUCCCUCCACAGGGUUCCUGACUUUGGUUCUGGCUCUGCAUAUCUGUGAUGAGGUUCGAGUUUUUGGUUUUGGAGCAAAUAAAGAUGGAGACUGGAAUCAUUACUGGGCUCCCAACGGAUUCAAAAAUAUCAAAACUGGAGCUCAUCCAGGAAGUUUUGAGUAUGAAACCAUCCAGAAACUGGCAGAGCACCAAAUCGUCCAGUUUUUUCCUGGGUGGUGAUCUUUACCUUAACAUUUUGACGGACAGGAGCAGAGAGGAUUAGCCAGACUGGGAUGAAGGACUCUGAGCUUUUGGAUGAAUAAUGCUUUA